CAUUUACAGUGGACUUGGCAGAACCAGCUGCAACCGCGGGUCGAGUCAAACCACCCGAUCGACAAGCGUCAAGUCAACAAGAUGACAGAAAUCGUUCGCCAGCUGAAAGUGAUCAGCAAACGGAGGCGGAUGAUGACAUCAUCGUUUCUCCUCUGAAGGUAAAACCAAUACCUGUCCCCGUGGAGAGGUUGGAUGACGACGCGGAUUCUACGGUUGAGGUACGUUAUUCUACGUGA